AGAGAGUUGUUUACAAACACGAAACUGUUACAAACAAUAACGAAAGCGUUGUCGUAAAUUAGUGAAUGUAGCUAAAGGUCAAUUUUCACAUCAGUGUGGAGACUCACAGCAGUCUUUAGCGAGUAUAAUAUAUUUUUGAGUGACAUUUUUGCUGUGUCUGUGGGGGCAGAUAGAUAAAGCUGAGCAGGUGCAGUGUCUAAAGUUACACAGAGGUGUUGGCUGUGGGCAGUCAGCAGGACACAUGGCAGAGGAAAGCAACAAGCUGACACUGAGGCGCCUGGAGGCACCGAUCCACAAGUUCAUUAAAGUGGCUCUACCCACGGACCUGGAGAGACUGCAGAAACACCACAAUAACAUACUGAAGUACCAACACAGCCAGCAAUGGGACCGCCUUCAUCAGGAGCAUAUCAAUGCCAGCAGAACUGUUCAGCAGCUGAGAGCUAACAUCAGAGAGAUGGAGAAGCUAUGCGCUCGGGUUCGUGCUGAAGACGCUGAUGCACUGGAAGCGCUUGUCAAGCCAGUCAGGGAAAGAGCGUCAGCUGCCACACAAGACUUCUUGCUUUUGCACUCUAACCCUGUUCAACAGCCUACACCACCACCAUCACCACCACCUGCUACUCAGCCAUCCAGCUAUGUGUCCAGCAGUUGCCAUGCUAUUGAUGAUGCAGGUGAAGAGCCGAUGUCUAGCAGGCAAAUACAGCUCCACCUUCCAGAAAUCCCUGCAGAUCAGAGUGCGGCUGAGUCCUGGGACAACCUGGAAGAGGAUCUGAAGGAGCUGAGUGGUUUGGUGACGGAGUUCUGUCUGCUCGUCCAUUCUCAGCAGGAGAAGAUUGACAGCAUAGAGGACAACGUCAACACAGCCGCUGCCAACGUGGAGGAGGGGACCAAGAGCCUGGGGAAGGCGGUGGGCUACAAGUUGGCGGUGCUGCCGGUUGCUGGGGCGCUGCUGGGCGGUGUAUUAGGAGGUCCACUUGGCCUGCUGGCUGGCUUCAAAGCUGCAGGGGUGGCUGCUGCUCUGGGAGGGGGCGCCCUCGGGUUCGCGGGGGGCAACCUGGUCCAGAAACACCGCAAAGCUCGCGUGGAUCUACAGAUGAAACAACUGACAGCACCACCACCAGAACCACCAGCUGAACCAGAGUCCAGCAAGGACAAAUGACCUAACUGUCGUGGUUAGUCCUCUGACCUCAACUGCUGGCUAAUCACUGAGGCUUCUGUGUUGACUGACCAAUCAGAAGCACAAACUAGACUCAAAGAAACUCAGUAUUUGACACUGACGCCACGCUUUGCUGUUACCAAGCACUGCCGUGAAACAAUUAUGUAAUAACAGCCUUACUUGGGAGAUGGAUACUUUGAUGUUUGGGUGUGAAUGGCGUUUCUGUGAGGACAUGAAUCUAAUUUUGUACAACUGAUUUUUUUUUUUUUUUAUUCUGAAUACGGCAAAGCAGUUAUUUACACUACAGCUGUUGGUGAAUGGUUGAGUCAGCCCAACAUAGCUGUGAGGACCACUUACUAAAAGAAGUCCUUGGCACCAAAUAAAUUAAGUCAGUUUAACAGUAAGAGUAACCCAAUUAUUCUGUCGAAUGCUAGUUAGUGUGUUCCUCAAGCUUAAACCUUUUUUUUUUACCAGGGUUUGCUAGUUACAAUUAUAAUAUAAUAUAUAUAUAAUAUAAUCAUGAUUUAAUAUUCCUUUUCAAAGAAAAUAAAGUUCCAAUAUGAACAGCUGUAAUACUGAGACUACAAAAAGAAGAAUGUGUGGAGAAAAUAGUUUUUUGGCCUAACAUAACUGUGGUGUUACAUUUAUUUAAUAAUUUAAAUUAAAGUGGUACUGCUUCAGAGUUUAUAUAUAUAUUGACAUACAGACCUGUUUUUGUAGUUUGCAAGCGUGAGAGCAAACAUUGCACAAAAAGCGCCAAAGUGCCACUGUCCAGAUCACUUCAAUGACUGGAGUGUUAAGAACCUGCCAUGUAUUGAUUAUACUACUGCUGGUUUACUGCCAAAUAAAAUGUUUCU